AUGGAAAGAAUGGAAUAUACGUUGCAAGAUGCCUUCGAAACUCUGAAGGAGUCGCAGACGGAACGACGGAAGGAGAUAGAAGACUUGACGAAUGUGAUUCCGAACAAUUUCAGACAGGUCGCUCUGCAGAAAACGUGCAACUCCGAGGACGUAAGAAACAAACAGCACAAAUUGUGCAAAAACUUAUUGGACAAGGUUUGUUUGGAAGAGCCGAAGGAUUAUCCUGUUCCUAAAACGUCUGACUUGCACGCCGAGGUUCUAGCAGAUCUCGAGAAAGAAGUUCAAAGUGCCUAUCAACUUUUCGAGCAUAUGAAGACACAGCUUUCAAACGUCAAGGACGAUAUCUCUUAUUUGGAAAGUAAAAAACUGGGCCUGAACAAGAUGAGAGUAGCGUACUUAGGUGCACAGCAGUUGACUGCGGACACAACCUACAACAUGGAACAUGCCACGGCGAAACGGAUAUUUCGAAACGUAAAGAAUGAUCUGGAACUGAUAUCGUCGUAUACAAAGGGCGGCAACGAUCUAUACGUGGAUGUUACUCCAGAGAUUCUAGAUUUUGUAAAUUUCCUGAUUGAGGCUGACAUUGCUGUCUAUCACAGAAACGAUAAGACUAAAGUUAAACUAAUGGAUAUGCUAUAG